AAGGUGACAGAUAAUGUGAGAGAGGGGGACUGAGGGAGAGACAGUAAGGUGACAGAUAAUGUGAGAGAGGGGACUGAGGGAGAGACAGUAAUGUGACAGAUAAUAUGAGAGUUGGGGGAAGUGAGGGAGAGACAGUAAGGGGAGGUCACCGAGCGUGAGAGCUGCAGCAAGAGACAGAGGAGGAGGAGGAGGAGAACGGAGCACACUGCUUCUAUGUGCCUGUGAGUGAGGAGAUGGGAUGGGGAGAGAGGAUGAUAAGGAUGAGGGUGAGGAUGAUUCCACUUUCCUGCCUGGCUGCAGCCUGAAGUGUAAGCUCUUGGGGCGAGAUGCCGAUCAUCUCCGGAGGCAGCGAGUACAGCACGCUGAGCUACACGUCCAGCAGCACCCUCACCCACCUCUACCCACCGGCGGCGGCAGUAGCAGCGGAGUGCAAGCCGCGGAAGGGGGAGCGGUACCGGCGUGCCCGGAGGAUCGGGGACCGGGAACAGCUGUGCCCGGCGGAGCGGGAGCUCCUCAUCAAUGUGGGCGGGAUGCGCUACCUAAUGCCCUGGAGCACCCUGGAUGACUUCCCCAUGAGCCGCCUGGGCAGGCUGAGGUUCUGCAGAUCGUACGAUGAGAAAGUCCAGAUCUGCGAUGACUUUGACGAGGACACCAAUGAGUUCUUCUUCGACCGGAGCCCGGGCGCAUUUGUGGCGAUUGCCGGGCUCCUGGGGGCCGGGAAGCUGCGGCUGCUGCGGGAGAUGUGCGCUCUCUCCUUCCAGGACGAGCUACGUUACUGGGGCAUCGAGGAGUCGCGGCUGGAGCGCUGCUGCCUGCGGAGGCUGUGCCAGCGGCUGGAGGAGCGGAGCUGCAACCGCGGGGAGGAGGAGCUGAUCCCCCGGGCCGGGAGUACCACCGUUCUGGAGCCCUCCCCCCGCCUGGCCCGCUGCAUGACCGCCCUCCGGGACAUGGUGGAGAGGCCGCAGUCCGGGCUCCCUGGGAAAGUCUUCGCCUGUCUCUCUGUCCUCUUCGUGGCCGCUACCGCCAUUAACCUGUGUGUCAGCACCAUGCCAGAGCUGCGGGCCGAGGAGGACAGGGGGGAAUGUUCUCAGAAAUGCUACAACAUCUUCAUCAUCGAGACGGUUUGUGUGGCCUGGUUCUCCCUUGAGUUCUUUCUGCGAUUUGUCCAAGCAAAGAGCAAGUGCCAGUUCUUCAAGGGGCCCCUGAACAUCAUUGAUGUGCUGGCCAUUUUGCCGUAUUACGUUUCACUCGUAGUGGAGGACGAGCAAAAAACUCUUGAUAAGCCCAGCGGCAACUCCUACCUAGAGAAGAUCGGGCUUGUGUUGCGGGUUCUACGUGCCUUGAGGAUACUGUACGUGAUGCGCCUUGCCAGACAUUCUCUUGGCCUGCAGACGUUGGGUCUCACGGUCAGGCGGUGCACCAGGGAAUUUGGGCUCCUCUUGCUCUUCCUAUGCGUGGCCGUCACUCUGUUUGCGCCACUGGUCCACCUUGCUGAAAAUGAAAUGGGCCGAUGCCAGGAGUUCACCAGUGUCCCUGCAUCCUAUUGGUGGGCCAUCAUCUCCAUGACGACGGUUGGCUAUGGUGAUAUGGUGCCUAGAAGCAUUCCCGGUCAGGUGGUGGCUUUGAGCAGUAUCUUAAGUGGCAUCUUAAUUAUGGCCUUUCCUGCUACUUCCAUAUUUCAUACUUUCUCUCGUUCCUACGCUGAGCUAAAGCGAGACCAGGAGAGACUUCAAAGCCGGCUGUUGAGGCUGAAGGACACCAGCCAGUCAGGGGAAAGCGAUACAUUUAACGACACCGACAGUUUGAUCUCAGAAGAAACAUACAAGUAUUUCUGAGCAGGGAGAUAGACGUUCCAUGACAUGAACAGAAAAGAGGCAGAGCCCACAGAUACCCACCAAUGUGCACUUGUAGCCUGGAUAGAACACCCGCCCCGAUCUGUUACUAGGAGACGGGAGGUCCCUUACCUCUCACACAGGGUGCCCAGCAUGUGCAGAGUUACCCAGACCCUGCGGUAAUGCCUGACGCAAAGUGCAAUGCAUAUCUGAUUACGUAGAUAUGAUGUAUAAUAAAUGAUCUGUAUAAUAAAUUAUCUGAAAUAAUCAGUUUGCAGAAAAAAAAGACAAAUACGAACAUUUUAAAUAA